GCUUGCGCUUGACUCUUUGUCUCUUGCCACCAUGAACAUCGCUGGUCCCUCACGACCACGUCCAGUCCCUGGUCCAAGAGAUAGAGACAACUAUGAGGAGGAUCUUACCCGUAUGAUUGCGCAACUGGAGCUUGAUGACGUAGAGAGAUUGCAGGCUUUAUAUGAUCACAGAUUGCAUCGAGGAGAGGGACUCACUGAUCGCGAAGUUGCUUUCGCAUUGUUGAUGCAGAACGCUCGAGAACUUGCAGAGUUCAAUGCUGAUCGCGCACUUGCCCAGCGACUUGCCGUUGAAGAGCCUGAUGAUCCUGCGCCUAGCAGCACCCAACUUGAGAAACACGACAACACAAACGCAAACAUGGGGCCAAUGGUUUACCUCCUUUUUUUCGACGCCUGAAUCAGGUGAUCAGCCACUCCCACCGACAAAUCCAGGUCAAGCGCCCACCACUGCGGCUAGGCCAGUUCCUCGACCAGCUCCUCGGGCCACUGGCCACGACUGUGUGAUCUGUCAGGAUCCCAUCUUCGGAGCAGAAGUUCGGGCACCAUGCGGCCACUUCUAUGAUAUCGGCUGCGUCACCGACCUAUUUCAAUCAGCAACACGCGACGAGAGUCUGUAUCCUCCUCGAUGUUGUCGCCAGAACAUUCCACUCCCACAAGUUCAGCCUCACCUGACCCAGACAGUCCUUGCUGAGUUCACUCUCAAGGCUCAAGAAUUUGGGACCAUGAAGCGCGUUUAUUGUGUUUCACCAACGUGCAGCCGUUUCCUUGGGCCAUUAUAUGAAGGGUUUUUCACCAAGGUCUAUAAAUGCACGUCCCCUACGUGUACGACGUCGACAUGUGGCAAAUGUCGUGGUAAACACGAAGGGUUCACCCAUCUCUGCACUCCAGAUGCAGAGACAGAGCAAGUACUCACACUCAGCCGCGCCUCGGGGUGGGCGCGCUGUCCAGGCUGUGCUCAGAUGAUUGAGCUUAACAUGGGGUGUUUCCACAUGACCUGCAGAUGCAAGACAGAGUUCUGCUAUCAGUGCAAAGCACUUUGGAAGAGCUGCGGGUGCCCGCAGUGGGACGAGGGCAGGCUGUUUGCUGCUGCAGAACGUCGCGUGGAUGCUCAGCUGCCGCCCGUGCGUCAUGCACAGCCUGUUAAUCCUCUUCAACAGGCACCUGCAGCGCGCCAACCAGUGCCAGCAGCUGCCGCUGCUAGGAAUCUACCUAUCAAUAUACUCAGACAGGCGCCAGCAGCGCCCAGACCUGCACCAGUUGUCAAUAUUCGCCCUGCACCUGCCCCAGAACCUCCUCCUGUUUUACCCCGUCCCACGAUUCGCCAUCGCGAGGCACCAGCACCUCUUCCAACGCCUCUUCAAGAAACCCCUACCAGGAUUCGGAGGAUUCGCCGUGCUCGUGUUUCGGAAUGGUUCACAGGAGUGCCACAGUCACAGCCUGCCUCAACCACUACAACGCCGGACUUGGAUAGGAACACCAUCAGACAGCGUAUGAUCAGGGAGACGAUGGACCGUCUCAGAGUGGACCACGACUGUGACCACAGAAGCUGGAAAUUCCGGAGUGGUGGCGGACGUUGCGAGAGCUGCGAGAUGCAUCUCCCACUAUACCUCUUCCGUUGUGCAGGGUGUCAAAUGCGCGCUUGUAACAGGUGUCGCCGAAACCGUCUGUGAAAAUGACCGAACCGAAUUCCUGGUCCCUUACUGAUAACUCGCAAUUGACUACGUGUGUAAAGCAUAGUUUGAUCUUGGACCAGAUUGCUCUCAAGCACUAUAAUGCAUUGUAUACUUGGACUCCACGUACGGCUGUCUCCCUUAGUUUGUGGUAUCGGAAAUCUUGUGCAAUCAUAUUUUGGCUCGUAGCCAAAUCUAAUGAUUAGUCUUGGGCCAUGAUCAAACAUGUCGGGAGUGGCAAAGCAUCGUGCUGGUAGUCGUGAUAUCGCAAAGGAUAGCGCCUAACUGCUGCAGUUUGUGACUAGACAGGUUGAUCUCUCUGGCCAUGUCCUUAUUUGAGAAAAAGGG